AUGCCCACGACAGCACGGGCGGCAGGCGCUGCUGGCCAGACGCCGACGUCGCACACGGCGCCCGCGAAGCGCAGCGACAAGGCCCUGAGCGCGCAGUCGAUGCAGUCCCUCAAGAGCGCCGCAGGGCCGCGUCCCGGGCUGCAGUCGCGCGCCUACUCGGUGCCCACGGUCCCGCAGAUGCCCGCCGACAGCGCCGACGAGCAGCCCGACGGCGAGGAGAUUGUCGACGACGCCUUCUUCCAGCGCUACACCCUGCCCGGGCCCGUCGACUACACCCACGAGGAGGGCUCCGAGAGCUCCGAGAACACCGAGGGGCCCCUCUCGCCCUCACGCGCCAAGCACGACGCGGCCGCCCAGCGGUCGCCUUCGACGAGUUCGGACAGCAGCGACUCGCGGCCAGCCGUGCAGGACAUCAACAUCGCCGUCCUGGGCGCGCGCGGCACGGGCAAGUCGUCGUUUGUGCGCAGAGCCCUGGGUCUGCCCGCCGCCACGGCCUCGGCCAUGUGUUCGCGCAAGUGGGCGCUGGACGACGCGCCCUACAUGGUGCGCCUGCUGGAGAUCGACUUCAACGACGUGCACAUUGGCGACCGCAACACGCUGCGCUUCCCCGACACCAUCGACGACAUGGCCACCCCCCGCAUCGACGGCGCCGUCACCAUCUACGACGUCACCACCCACGAGUCGGUCAAGAAGGUGCCCGAGAUGCUGUACAUCCUGUCCAAGACCAGCCUGCCCUUCAUCCUCGUCGCCUGCAAGUGCGACCAGCACCCCGCCCACCGCGAAGUCGACCCCGCCGUCGUCGGCCAGAAGGCAACGACCUUCCUCGGCGACGUGGGCGUGUUCCAGACAUCGCAGUCGGCGCUGGACACGUACCAGACCUGUCUGUCCGCCAUCACACGCGCUGCCAUCGCGGCCAAACGCCCCCGCUCGCAAGCCUCCAUGGCCCGGCGGCGGGCCAACAGUUCGGCCGUGCGGUCCAUCAACCAGAAAGAUCUGUGGGCACCAAAACACGAACGGGCCAGUUCCGAGAUCUCUGUGAGAUACAGGCGCGGCUCUGGCGACGUCAAGGGCCACCGCUACCUGCCCAGCGACUCGAACAAGACGUUCUUCAACGCAGACGAAUCGCCUGGCUACGACUCGGACGACUCGGGCGAUCAGGGCUCAGACACAGGCCAGAGCUUCGUCUCGGUCAAGCCCUCGGACGAGAAUGGCUACACAUUCAACCAGCUGGUCGAUCGUCUGCUCGCGCAGCCCGUGUCCAAAAGCGACACCAAAUUCGUGGCCAUCUUCCUCGCCCUCUACCGUAGAUUCGCAACACCAGGCCAACUGCUCGAAGCAAUCCUGAAGCGUUUCGAGGCUCACAGUUCAGAAAAGUGCUUGCCAAUGUUCCGCAUCAUCGCACAGCAACGUUACCUUGUUGUUCUCCAGAAAUGGGUGGCCUACUAUCCCGGCGAUUUUGCUUACGCGACAACACGCAGACUCGUCCGAAAAUUCACCAUGACGUUGACUGCGAGCCGCGAAUACUCAGUAGCAGCGACUGAAAUCAUCAGAGACCUUGAGAUGGUCACCGAGGACGAUGACACCGACUGGGCGUGCAGCGAUCGACAACGCGCACACAACGAUCCAACGCCAUCCUUCCACAACAGCGUACUCGAUGAGGACUCCGAGGACGACGAGUUUACCAAAGCGCUGGGGCACAUGUCCACUUCAUCCGACCGCUUUUCCAUUGCUCGCAGUAGUGUGACGGAUGGCUCGAGAACAACACAGUCUACGAUUGGUUCGAUGGGCUUGUCACAGACUCUGCUUAGCCAGGUGGAAAGGAACGAGCGACUGGCUCAACAGUUGGAACCAAACCCAAUCAAGCAACUCUCUAAAAUUCAAUGGCACCAGCUCAUGAACGAGACUGACGAAGCAAUUGCAAGGGAGCUUACGCGUAUCGAUGGCAUCAUGUUCUCUUCCAUGCGACCACGAGAUCUUGUGCGCCAUGUCAGUUUGAAUGCAGAAGAAAAGAAGAGGUGCAAGAAUCUGGAGAACGUCACACGCAUGACGGAGCAUUUCAACCACAUCGCCUACCUCGUCACAAACUACAUUCUCCUACGCGAUAAGCCGAAACACCGAGCUCUCAUGUUGGAGAAAUGGAUGAAGAUUGCACGCCAACUGCGCAAGCUAAACAACUACAACUCUCUCGGUGCGGUCCUCGCAGGCAUCAAGGGGACAGCAGUCCACCGCCUGAUAGCAACCCGCGAUCUAGUCCCCGAAGCUGCAACCCACGACUUCAUGAAACUCGACAUCCUCAUGGGCCCCCAAAAAUCACAUUUCGCAUACCGCCUCGCCUGGGAAAACAGCUCCGGCGAACGCAUCCCCUACAUCCCCCUCCACCGCCGCGAUCUCGUGUCAGCAUCAGAGGGCAACUCGACGUUCCUCGGCGACAAGAGCAGAGUCACACAACCCCUGACACCACAUCCAGGUGUAAGCGUAUUCCAAGGCCCACCGGGUAGUCGGGAUAGUCGAGAAGCGCCGCCCAGCGGCGUCGUGGGCAAGGAGCGCAUCAACUGGAAGAAAUUCGAGAUCAUGGGCGACGUCAUCGUGGGCGUGCAACGCGCGCAGGGCACGCCGUAUCCGACUUGGCACAAGUGCGAAGAGGUUCGGAAUCUGAUCUUGGAUGUCAAGAUCUCCAAGGAUGAUGAUGACCUGUAUGAUCGUAGCACGCAUCUUGAAGCCCCCGGCGCGAACGACAAGGGGAGAAUCGCUAGAUGGCUUGAGAAGCGCUAG